AUGAAAAUACGCUACAUAUUUAAGAAGUUAUCAAGAAUAUCUCAUCAAUUCCGUUUAGUUAACUGGAAUGAAGACAACAGCCCAACUCGUGAUGCUAGAACUCUAAGAUAUUUGAUGGAUUCUAAUUCUCCUUCGUCGUUUGCUUUCAACAAUCGCAUAGGAUUGAUUGGGACUAGAGAUCAAACUAUACCUCUUCACACAAAUCCAACAAACAAUACUACUAGCCAUACUAUAAAUGGGAAUUAUCAUCCAACAAUCACCAACAUUAGUAACUAUAAUGAUAAUCAAACUUCUCCUUCUCCUCACUCGUCUCCGCCGAAACUCUUUGGUUCAUCUCUCAUUUUAGCUCCUACUAUCAGAAGAAGUACUGUUCAGUAUAUAAAUACAACACAACCAUCAUCUAUGAAUUCAAAUAUGACCCAACUUGGGACAGCUGGAUCAAAUUUUCAUCAAGUUCAAAGUAGAACAACAAAUAAUAAUAAUGGUAUUUCUACUUCAUUUAAUAAUGGUAUAAAUAACGACGUUGUUGCAUCUGCUACUAUUACUUCUACUAGUACUAGUAAUGGCUUUCUCAAAAGAAGUAGAUCAUCAGAGUUUGUGAGAGGAGAGAGUUCGAAUCAAGGUUCACAAGUUGGUGCCUUAAGAAGACGCACAAAUCCUCCUCCUCAUAGUUUCCAACAUGAAACUAUGAACAAUAAUAUCAUGUCUUCGACUCAAUUAUCAAUGCAUUACAACUACAAUGGUAAUAGUGGGUUUUCAAGUAUGGUGCCGCAACAAGUGAACCAUCAUGGUGUAAGUGCAACACAAAAUUCUAUUAUAGAUGAUUCUCACAUAAAUAAUCGACGUCAUGCACAUGCUAGUCCGAUAAGUUUUUUUGAUGAUACACCGUCAUAUAAUAGCCCAUAUGAAUAUAUCAUUGAUGAUAAUGUUGCUUGCUUAAUAUUUCCUUCUCAACAAGAGAUUGCUCGAGAAAACUUCACCAUGACCCGAAGAACUGAACCUACAUCUACUUCUACCUCUACAACAUCUUUAUAUCCUUCCGCAAUGACAGGAGGAUCAACUCAGGUUACAGUGAGUACAUCACCAUUUCAAAGAAAUAAUAAUUUCUUGUCUUUUGGAGCCGAUUCAUCUUUAUCCUCCCAUAAUCCAAGGGAUAUAUUUGAUUCUAUUGAACAAAGAUCUGAUGAUACAUUCAUUCAAAGCACCAUAAAUGUUCAACAAUAUGUAAGGUUUUUACCAGAAGGCCAGGGGAAUAGAUUUCUGGCUCCAUCUACUGUUCACGUGUGGUCUAAUAAUUUUGUACCACGAUGGCCACAACGACAUUCUAAUCCUUCAACAAGUGGUUAUAACCUAAACCCUCCCCCAUCCCAUAAUGGACCAAGGUUUAGUACUGCUGUUGAAUAUGAUCAAUACAUGCAGUCUGAUAUAAUACCGACUAGAUCGAGGAAUCGUCGUCGCAGUAAUAACCGCAUUUUCACCUCAACUUCACGUGAACAUAGGGCUCAGAGGAACAGGCACAGGGAUGAGGUGUUUUUGGCACUCGAGGAACGCAUGAGGGCUGAGGCCAGACUCACUGAAGAGCAGAUCCACAAAUAUAUUGAAACAGAAACAUAUGUGUCAAAUCCAAUUGAAACCAGUACACAAAACGAAACAUGCACAAUCUGUCAGGAAGACUAUGUGGAAGGCGAAAUUAUUGGAAGACUGGAUUGCAAGCACCUAUAUCAUCUUGAAUGCAUCAAACAAUGGUUGUUGAAAAAGAAUACUUGUCCAAUUUGUAAGAAAAUAGCUUUAGAUGUUCACGAAGAUGAGGAUGAUAAUGUCAUAUAA